UCCAGUUGAAGCAAAGCCUUCGCUGCCUCUUAUUUUACACUUUCACAGUUUCCAAAUCUCAACGGUUUUCUGUCAGCCAACGGAUAUCAGCUAUAGCCCCCAAAAAAAUCUUCCAAUGAGAAUUCGACUCUUUUCAUGGCUUUUCUUGAUGCUCAUGAUAUGCUCACUUUCCAUCGGCUUCUGUAUCUCUGCCUUGUCUGGCCAAUGCCUUGGCAAUCAGCAAUCCUUGCUGCUCCAAUUGAAGAAUAGCCUCGUAUUUGACGGUGCUUCAUCUACAAAACUGGUGCACUGGAAUCAAAGUGUCGAUUGCUGUUCAUGGGAAGGUGUAACUUGUAACGAGGGGCGUGUUAUCGGUCUUGACCUGACCAACGAAUCCAUCUCGGGUGGUCUUGACAAUUCAAGCAGCCUCUUCAAUCUCCAGUAUCUCCAACACCUGGAUAUGGCUUAUAACAAAUUCUCUGAUGAGAUUCCAUCCCAAUUUGACAAGCUCACCAACUUGAGUUAUUUGAACCUAUCAAACGCUUGUUUUACGAGGCAGAUUCCAAUUGCAAUUUCGCACUUGACAAGGUUGGUUACUCUUGAUUUAUCUACUGAUUACUUCAAAUGCAAAUCUCGUUAUGCAUUGAAACUUGAGAGUCCAAAUCUAAAAAUGCUGGUUCAAAACCUUUCGGAGCUUAUGGAACUUCAUCUUGAUCAUGUAAUGAUAUCUGCAAAUGGGUAUGAGUGGGGCACUGCCUUAUCAUCUUCACUACCAAAGCUUAGAGUGUUGAGCUUAACAUAUUGUCUUCUUUCAGGGCCUCUUGAUUCCUCAUUAACGAAUCUUCAGUCUCUCUCAAUUAUUCAUCUUGAUGAUAACAAUUUUGAUUCUCCAGUUCCAGAAUCUUUUACAAAUUUCAAAAAUUUGACAUCCUUGAGUCUCUCUUCUUCUGGGUUGAAUGGAACCUUUCCAAAAAAGAUCUUCCAGAUUCCAACACUGCAAACCCUUGACUUAUCACGUAAUUAUCGUCUUCAGGGUUCGUUGCCAGAAUUUCCUUUGAAUGGAUCACUUCGAAUGCUGGUGCUUUGUUUCACAAACUUUUCAGGAACAUUGCCAAAUUCUAUUGGUAACCUGAAAAUGUUGACCUUAAUAGAUCUUUCUUCUUGCAAUUUCAAUGGAUCAAUCCCAAUGUCAAUGGCAAGCCUUGCACAAUUGCAUUAUUUGAACAUGUCAAACAACAAUUUCGUCGAAUCGAUUCCAUCAUUAAGCAUGAGCAUGAAUUUGACCACAAUAGCCCUUUACAAUAAUAAUUUAUCAGGUCAGAUUACUUCCACACGGUGGGAAGCAUUUGUGAAUCUGAAGUUUCUUGACUUGAGGUACAAUUCAUUGGACGGGAGUAUUCCAAUUUCUUUGUUUUCCCUUCCAUCAUUACAAGAACUAGGACUUCACAACAACCAAUUUUCUGGUCCACUCAAUGAAUUGCCGAACGUUUCUUCUUGUCUAUUGGAAACUCUUGAUUUGAGCUACAACAACUUGGAAGGGCCAAUACCCAUGUCUCUCUUUGAGAUCCAAAGUCUUAGGAGUCUCUCACUCUCUUGGAACAACUUUAGCGGCUCCUUGCAACUUAAUGUGAUUUUGACUAUGGGAAAUCUUUCAGAUCUCGAUCUAUCCCACAACAGCUUAGGAUUGGCUUCUAGCAAAUUGAAAACAUAUCCUCACUUCUUGAUAAAUCAAUCCAUGUUAUCAAAUCUAGACCUUUCAAACAACCAGAUGCACGGAGAGAUACCCAGUUGGAUUUGGAAACUUCCUCAUCUUAACUCAUUGAAUCUUUCUUAUAACGAUUUGGAGACUCUAGAUUUGUCUUUACUCAACAUGUCUUCUUUGAGCUCCCUAGACCUUCACUCUAACCAGCUCCAAGGGCAGCUCUUAGUUUUCCCAGAACAUGCUAAAUACGUGGAUUUAUCGAAGAAUAAUUUUAGCUCUGUGAUACCAGCUAGUAUUGGCAACUUCCUUACUAACACUUAUUUCUUCUCUCUUUCGAGUAAUAAGUGCAAUGGGAGUAUUCCUAUAUCAAUAUGCAGUGCUACAACGCUUGUUGUUCUAGAUUUGUCUGAUAAUUUAUUGAGAGGCACAAUUCCUCAAUGCUUAUUUAUGAUGACCGAGCGUCAAGGUUUGUCCACUCCAGAUUUAGGGGUGCUGAAUUUAUGUAGAAAUAACCUCAGCGGCACAAUUCCUAAUGUGUUUCCAAGCAAUUGUCGCUUACAAACUUUAAAUCUCAAUGGAAAUCAACUAGAAGGAAAGCUACCAAAAUCUCUGGCCCAAUGCACAUCUUUGGAAGUUUUAGACCUUGGGAACAACCACAUUGAGGAUGCCUUCCCAUGUUACUUGAAGAACAUAUCCAUGUUACACAUCCUUGUUCUACGAUCUAACAAAUUUUAUGGGCCCAUUGAUUGUCGAGGGCUUAAUGGCUCCUUGUCAAAGCUUCAAAUUGUAGACCUCGCUGCAAACAAUUUCACUGGUAUGUUUCCAAUAAAAUACUUUUCGGAUUGGAAGGCAAUAAUAGAUGAUAUAAUUGAGGUCGAAUAUGUGCUCAAUAACCUCCAAUUUGGACGUUUUUUGCCGGUGAGUAGUCCUAACCCUGUUAUCGGUGGUCAAGAAAGUGGGACAAACACUUAUUAUCAAGAUGUGACAAACAUUUAUUAUCAAGAUGUGAUAACUGUUACGAUGAAAGGCCUAGAGGCAAAGAUAGUGAAGAUCCUAAAUAUCUUUACCUCCCUCGAUUUCUCAUGCAACAAUUUUGACGGGUCUAUACCUGGAGAAAUAGGAGAACUCAAAUCAUUAUAUAUUCUCAACUUGUCGCAUAAUGCUUUCAUGGGUCAAAUCCCCCCAUCUCUUGGAAAAUUGAGUAAAUUGGAGUCAUUUGACUUGUCAAGUAACAAGCUUAUAGGUGAGAUUCCAUUACAACUUGCAGAUGGUCUUAUUUUCCUAUCAGUCCUUAACCUUUCAUUCAAUCAAUUGGUGGGAAAGAUUCCACGGAUCAAGCAAUUUGCUACAUUCUCGGAAACUUCCUAUGAAGGGAACAUAGGAUUAUGUGGCUUUCCUUUGAAAGAAAACUGCACACCUAAAGAGCCAAGAUCAUUGCCUCCAACAUCUGAUGAAACUCAUUCAAAUUCUAAAAAUGCAAUUGACUGGAACUUCUUAAGUGCUGAAUUGGGAUUUAUUUUCGGCUUUGGGAUUGUUAUUGGACCUCUAAUGUUUUGGAAGAGGUGGAGGAUAUGCUACUACAAACAUGCUGAUGACAUAUUUUUCAAGAUGUUCCCUCAACUAUAUAUUAGAAUAGAAAAUCGUCAAAGACGAGCACACAAGAAUCAAGGACGGAGGCAUUAGUGAUAGAUAUGAGGAACAAUGCAAUCAGAUUUGCAGGUGACUUAAAAGUGCUCAUGGAAUGUGGAAGCCAAAGUAACUCAUGUUGAUUGGUGUCACACUUGCCUUGACAAGUCACACAUGGGAUGUGAAUUACACAAUAGUGAUCACUAUUGUAUAUUAGUACUCGAAUUUUAGUGUAAGAUUUGUAAUAUUACUCUAUGCUCAUUCGUCCAAUGCGUAAUUCUAGUGGUUAUGUAAAACGUUCACAAUAUCAAGUUCAUUGGGAUGCCACUUUUGUAUCUCAUUGAGCACGUAGGUAUGUUUGUAUUCUAUUUUUGUUUUUCA